AUGACGGUGCCACAUGGUCUGCCAUUCUUUAUCCCUACUGGGUUAGCUAUCGACACCGAAGAACAAAGGUUGUACUACGCAGAUCUUUCAACCCGUACUAUCAAUAAAGUCGAUUAUUUCGGCAACAAUAAAAGACAGCUACUGAGGAAAAAUGGCGCCAUCUUCUUUGAUGUUGCUCUCUACAAGGACUACAUUCUAUGGACGGAGGAUGGAGGGAACAAUGGUAUCUACGCAAGCAACCGCCACACUGGAGAAAUAGAACUAGUGUAUCAUAACCAAGGGGAGCAGGUGUAUGGCAUUACAACUUACGCGGACACCCGUCAGAAGAUCAUGCAUCAUCCAUGUCGUUACCAGAACGGAGGAUGUGAUCAGCUGUGUCUCAGCUCAUCUUCUAGUCGACAAGGAUUCGUAUGUGUUUGCACUCUCGGGUUCUACUUGGCUGACAAUGGAAACUCUUGUGUGUCAAACCUUGUCCGAGACAACUUCUUUCUGGUCACGGACACCUACCGACGGGCCAUCUUUCAGGUCGAUAUGCAGUCCACCACCUUCGAACCCAAAUCCCUGUUCCUUCCAAGCAUUCAGAACCCUGUAGCGGUGAGCUUUGAUCCCAUAGACAGGAAGGUCUACUGGACUGACGUAACUUCCAAGACACUCAGCCGUGCCUCGUUGGACGGCAACGACUACCAGGUCAUUGCUAGGGAUGGCAUUGAAGGCCCCGAUGGCAUUGCGGUAGACUCCAUUUCCAGGCUUGUGUACUGGACAGACUUUGGCACCCAUGGCAUCUCUGUAUCUCACCUGGACGGAUCAAACAGGAAGAUACUGAUUCGAGGCUUAGACAAGCCUAGAGCACUUGUGUUGCAUCCUGUGGAAGGGACAAUGUUUUGGACAGACUGUGGUGACAAUGCUGUCAUUGAACGAGCUUUCAUGGACGGAACAGAGCGAUCAAUAAUUGUGUCUGGAUCACUGGUAUGGCCAAACGGACUCACGAUCGACUAUGAUGGUAAUCGGCUAUACUGGUGCGACGCUGGUCUUGAGCGACUGGAGACGGCUGAUUUUAACGGUCGUGACCGCCGUCUUCUCUUUACGUUUGGACGUAACGUCCAUGCCUAUGACGUGGCUGUACGUGGUCAGUUUCUUUACUGGACAGACUGGACAGAGCAGAGUGUCCUCAAGAUGGACAAAGAUACUGGUAGCGGUAUCGCGACAGUAGGACCCAGUGAUUACCUCAGACCAAAUGGAAUAUACAUGGUGUCCGACGAUACUCUGCCAUCAGGUGACAACCAGUGCUCAAUUGACAACGGAGGCUGCACAGGACUUUGCCUUCCAGUCGGCUUUGAUCGAAACUGCACAUGCGCAGAUGGAUUCCAAUUUGAUUAUGAUGAAACAACGUGUGUCUCAGAUCAAGUUACUGAAUGUCCACGGGUCUUUCACAAUGGUUUUAUUGACGAAUCAUGCGACCCGCGGCCAGGACAAUUUUGUGAUGUCCAGUGUCAUCCAGGUUUUUCCCCUUCUUCGGAUGCCAUCAUCUGCCAAGCAUCCGGGACAUGGGACCUUGACGUCAGCAGAAUUUGCAUGGCUGUUCAGUGUCGUCGACUUGAAACACCACCGCAGGUUCUCCUUGGACCGUGCUCUCCUCCGUACAACACCGGCAAGAUGUGCACAUAUUCCUGCAUGGCAGGAUACACGAAGACUGGAGGAGAUGACAGGAGAGUGUGUGACGUGCAUGGUGAAUGGAUUGGGAGUCCCAUACGCUGUGAACGGGACAUUGGGUUUCUUCAUUGGGCCCCUUCACCUUGUAAUCCCGACCUGGUUUUCCGUACAGAACCUAGAAAUUUAGAAGUAGCUGAAGGAGAUCUUAUAGAGCUGAUGUGCCAGGUCAGCGACCAAGAUGCGACCUUGACAUGGUUCAAAGAUGGGCAAAGGUUGGAUUCAGGUACUGUAAACGGUAUAUUCGUCGACCAGCCCAACCAGCUUUUCAUUCCAAGCUUCAAUGCACGACACGAAGGACAAUACGCAUGCGUUGUAUUCUCCGGAGAAAGGGAAUGCAUAAGAUCUGAGGCCAAUAUAACUUUCAAUCCCCGAAGCUACUUCGGAAUCGUUCCCGUGAAUGCGUAUGUCAAUAUCAGUGACGAUCAUCAGUUCCAGUGCUCUCCCAAAGUAAGCACAUGGAGUGUCAUCUGGGAGAAGGAUGGGCAACCGCUGGAGCAAGGAAACCUUCUUAUCCGCCGAGGAUACCUCUACCUGAUAAACAUAAGGGAGGAAAAUGAAGGGAAGUACACCUGCGUUGCCCGUGACCAGUUCGGACGAACCAAGGGUCGAGUACAUGCCUGGCUUUAUUUGACUGAUCCACCUCAGAUUGACAUUGCUACAGUUUGCGGCACGAUUACGUUCUGGCAAGAGAGCAAAGCUCAAACUACACCCUCCCCAGUGGUAGUUACUCACACCGAGGCCCCAGAUCCAGAUAUCGUCGCUGAAUCUUCAAUCAACUGGAGCAGCUUCGAUGAGAGCGAACCAGGCAGAGGCUCAGGCCGUGUGGUCGGAGGAAAUACAGCAAAUCAUGGUUCAGCGCCCUACAUGGUCCGAAUCUGGGAAUACAGGAUUGAGAAUGCAUGGGAUCCAUGGACCUUCAUCUGCGGUGCGACACUCCUGGACCAGAGGUGGAUUUUGACUGCUGCGCAUUGCAUGUUUGACAGGCAUGGAAACUUGAUUAAAAAGGAAAACAUGAAUUUAAUUUUCGGUGAUUAUAAUUCAGACUUUACAGAAGAGUCAGAAAAGAGUCGACAGCCAGCGGAAAUGAUUGUGCAUGAGGAUUAUGACAUGACAAACUAUGAUAAUGACAUUGCCCUGAUACGGAUCGACCCACCACUGUGGGAGUUCACUCCUUACAUUCGUCCUAUAUGCCUGGCUCCUGGGGUUCUGGUCAGUCGUAUCAUGGAGACCAAUAUCAACGGACGCGUGACCGGAUGGGGACAAGAGUCUCUUUUAAGUUCAACCAGUCGGUUUAUGAAGGAGGUGGAGUUACCUAUUGUUGAUCGGCAAACUUGCGAGGAGAGUGUUGACGAAGAUGAAGGAGAGUUUACUGACAACAUGUUCUGUGCUGGUUACCACAGUGCGCAGCAGGACACCUGCACUGGUGAUGCUGGGGGUCCAUUUGCUUUUCGUCAUGAUGAUGGACGGUGGUAUCAACUGGGUAUUGUAAGCUGGGGCGUCGGGUGUGCUGAGGAGGGAGAAUACGGGUUCUACACAAGCGUCUCAAGAUAUCUUCAUUGGUUACGUUCUAAGAAUGUAACAGUUGCAUAUUCUCCGAACGUGGCGAGACAGUUCAACGAGAGUCGACCCAGUGAGGCACUUGCCUUUACAGUUAGAUCUCCUAGCACUUUGACUGUUGCAGCAGGUAGCGUAGUCGACCUAGAGUGUUUCCCUAACAGAGAUGAUGCGUCUGUUCAGUGGUUCGUAAAUAACAGACCAGUGAGAAACCUUGUGGAAGGAGUGCGUAUCCAAAGUUCUGGACUAGUCUUACACUUUGACGCCGUAGAGGAUCGUUUCUCUAGAGUAUACUCGUGCGAGGCAAGAGUCAAUGAUGAGAAUGGAGAACAAGUCAUUAGAGCAAACUUCCAACUACAGGUUACUGGAGCUUGAUGAUGUUCAGUCCAACCCAACUCAACAAUGCAAUAAUCAUGGAUGAAAGGAGAGAUGUUGUGUUUUUCUACUUCUAUUCCUUAAAUAUCUACUUAAAUUUCGAACCACUGUAUGUUUGGUGUGAUUAACAAUUGUUGGAUAUAACGAUUAGUGAUUUAAAUUAUAAAUAUAUGCCCACAAUUAUUUUGUACUUCUUAAAAUUGAGCCAGGAGCGUAAAUGUUGAGAGAAACUACGAAUUCAAAAUGUUUUUUUUCUUCUCAUGAAUUGCUAAUCCUAUCCUCCAAUGAUUUUGGAUAGUAAGAACGUUCGAUUUAUUCUCAAAAUAUAUAUUUUUUUAAUUAAAACAAAACUAUUAUUGAUCCCAGAUUAUUUAAUCUAUAUUAUGAUAUCUAAUUCCAAAUAAAUUUAUCAUAGAUCUAUCUUAUUAGCUUUGUCCUACUUUGUGUAUUAUUGAUAUACAUGUCCAUUUUAAAAGAAUCUCUUAUUCAGCCCACAAACUGCGAAUGUGGUUAUAAAUAUUUUUUUCAUUAACUGUUUUGAAUAAAUAAAUAAAUAAACGAUUGCGUGACUCUAUGAUUAAACUCAUUUAAAUGACACCCGUGUUAAUUGUAGUUUUGAUAGAAUAUAAUUAUACUGACUUAAAGUUGUGAAUGACAAUUUACUCAUGUAUACGAUGCUAUAAAAAUAUUUAGAUAAAGUUAUCGAAUACGUCGACAACUUUUUUACAAAAUAUGACAAUAUCAUAAUCAAAACCUCUGAAUUGCGAUUUAGAUUUCUUGUUUUUGUUUUAAUGAAUGAAAUGCAGUGCAUUGUUUUACUAGUGUCAUAAUAUGUUAUGUAAUAAAAUAUACUGUUAAAGGGAUACAUGAUGACACUGUGCGCCUAUUUACAUAUGACAGGCUAUAUAUAUACAAAUGAUAACCUCCGUCUAAAUUAUCCAAUUACACGUGUCCAAGCCGGGGAUAGGACUUUCACGGUAGCAGCAUCCAAAGGGUGGAAUAAUCUCCCCAUGUCCAUCAGACAAUCUGCCUCUAUCGAUAUUUUUAAGAAGGCUCUGAAAACUCAUCUCUUUACAUGAAUUCUCCUCUAUGUUUAAUUAUUUAAUUUAAUUAAUUGAAUUUAAUAUUUUAUAUGGAAUAUCUAAUUGUAGCCUUUAAUUACUACAUGUAGUAAAUACCAAUAAUAUUAUUUGAUGUUAGCGCUCUGAGCCUUAUGGGAAUGGCGCA